AUGCAGGUGGUGAUUGUUAGAGAGUACAAAAGGAAUGUUAGGAGAAAGGUUUCUGAAGGCGAGGAUGAUGGCACUGAGUCUGAAGAGGAUAGAUUACGUGACCAGAGGGGAAAAGAAGAACUAGAGCAGCACCUAAGAGAACGCGAUGCUGCACGGACAAAAAAGCUUACAGAGCCAAAUAUGUCAAAGAAAGAGCAAGAAGAGGUCGUUCGAAGAGACAUUGCAGUAGAGAAGGGUGAUAUGGAAUCCUUAAGGAAAUUAUCGCGGCAAGAAUAUUUGAAGAAAAGGGAACAGAAGAAACUGGAAGAACUAAAAAUGCCAGAUGCAUAUGAUCAAGAAGGGGGUGUUGAUCAAGAUAAUAGAUUUGGUGUUUCUGUACAACGUUACAGGGACAUGGAUUCGACGGAGAAAAUGAACCCCUUUGCAGAGCAAGAAGCUUGGGAGGACCAUCAGAUUGGGAAGGCAAGAUUAAAAUUUGGUGCAAAGAAUAAGCCGUUCUCGGACAAUUAUGGGUUUGUAUUUGAGGACCAAAUAGACUUCAUAAAAGCAUCCGUGUUGGCUGGUGAUAAUUAUGAAGACGAGAUGCAUGCUAAACCAUCUCAAGAUUUUACUGGGAAAUCGGUUCUCGAUAUGCUUCAGGAGGAGAGAAAAUAUCUGCCAAUUUAUUCAUAUCGUGAUCAACUUCUACAAGCUGUGAAAGAUCAUCAGGUGAUUCUUUAUUUCAUUACUGCCUGGACGAAUCUCGCUAGUGUGGUGCUCGCAUUGAAGAGUCUUGGUAUUCAUAACCCUCCGCCUUCUGAAGCUCUUAUAAAGGCCUUAGAGUUGCUCUUUGCUCUCGGUGCUCUCAAUCAGCUCGGGGAAUUGACUAAAGCUGGUAGAAGGAUGGCAGAGUUUCCCCUUGAUCCAAUGUUGUCGAAGAUGAUUGUUGUUUCCGACAAAUACAAAUGCUCCGAUGAGAUUAUAUCGAUUGCUACAGAAGAAUGGAUCAUAUCGAACAGUGAAGCAUCCCCAAACGGUGCACAUACAUCCCGCAUCUGGCUUAUCUCAGUCCUUACCUCUAAGGAAUGCAUGCGACAGGUAACAGAGUUAAAACCUGAGUGGAUAAUUGAGAUAGCUCCACACUCUUAUCAGCUCAAGGACGUUGAAGAUGCUACAUCCAAGAAAAUGCCCAAAACCGGUGGCCGAGCUGCGUUGUAG